AUGGCUGGAUCGUUAUCUAACCCAGCCCCAGCAUGGAAUAAAGUUGAAGAGGGCGAUCCUGAAAUCCGCAUCAGUAUCGCAGCAAGCACGGCUCAUAGUCACUAUCUUGGCUUUUCGGGGUUCGCUACCGGUUUCACAUUUGCCAAUACCGCCCUCAACGUUCCUGCUGUACUGGGCUUAAAGUUCAAAAUGAUGUUGAGGACAAGAAGCUCUGCGGGCAACAUUAGGAAGGUGCGAUUCCGGUAUGGGAGAAACUCGGUCAACCGAUCUCCGGGUAGGAAUAAUUUACCAGAGGGAAGAGAGAGAGUUGCUCCGAAGUAUAUCACUGGUUUCAUCGAGAUCGAGAAUAUGAAGAAUGAGUAUUUUGCGCGGAAAAUGGCGAGUAGUGAUUAUCCUUAUGAUUAUCCCAGACAUUGA